GGGUCUGACAGCUGCUUUAAAAUCCACGCGGGCUGGAGGACCUGUCAGAGUGCUGCUGAGUGCCUGUCAGAGAGCGUCUCACUGUAGCCAAACUGCUGUGGAAGGUCUGGAAAGAUGACAUCAGAGCCAAAACAGUCGAUUUUUAAGAGCGUGAAUCUCAACUGUGAGACCAACAACGCUGAACACCGCACCAAAAAACUCUCACAGGAUCAGCUGAUCGUGAGGCGAGGACAGCCGUUCACCGUGACAGCUGAACUGACGCAGCCUUUCUACCCUGACCGUGACCCGCUCACCUUCACUGCAGUAACAGGAGAACAACCAUCCGAGGAUCUGGGGACAAAGUCGUGCUUUGGUAUCCCAAACAAAAUCCAGCGUUCAUCAUCAGCAAAGGCAGUGUGGAAGGUGGAUCUUGGGAAGAUAUCCAACCCAGCAACCGGCUCCUUGAGUUUGACCAUUACCCCCCCAGCUGACACUCCAGUUGGACAGUACGACCUAUUUGCAAGACUUAAGGACACGGAAACAUUGCUGACAACUCUGGUCGUGCUUUUCAAUCCCUGGUGUCCGGAUGACUCAGUGUCUCUGUCUGAUGAGGCAGAGAGACAGGAGUAUGUGAUGAAUGAACAAGGUAUAAUCUACAAUGGAAGUGGGAACUACCUCUCAUCUAUUCCCUGGGACUUUGGACAGUUUGAGCAGGAUAUGGUGAAGAUUUGUCUGAUGAUGUUGGACGUCAACCCCAAACACCUGGCAAACGCAGCUAACGACGUUUCUGCUCGCUGUAACCCCAUCUAUGUCAGCCGUGUGGUCAGCGCCAUGAUCAACAGUGCAGAUGACUGUGGUGUCCUGCAGGGACGGUGGGCAGGUCCCUUUUGGGGUGGAGUUGCACCCUCUCACUGGUCUGGCAGCUAUCCCAUCCUCAAGCAGUGGUACAACAUUGGCUGCAACCCAGUCAAGUAUGGACAGUGCUGGGUAUUUGCUGGUGUGAUGUGUUCAGUAAUGCGUCUGCUGGGCAUCCCGUGCCGCGUGGUCACCAACUACCAGUCAGCUCAUGACACCAACAAGAAUCUGAUCAUUGAUGUUUAUCACGCUGACUAUGGAGUCAGAGAGAAAGAGUCCAAGGACAGUAUCUGGAACUUCCAUGUCUGGGUGGAAUGUUGGAUGAAGCGACCUGACCUGGCAAAAGAUGGUAAAUAUGACGGCUGGCAAGUAGUGGAUCCAACACCACAGGAGAAGAGUGAUGGUGCAUACUGCUGCGGUCCAGCCUCAGUCAAAGCCAUCCUGGAUGGAGAAACUGAUCUCAAAUAUGAUGUCCCAUUUGUCUUUGCUGAGGUCAAUGCUGACUGCAUGGACUGGCUGUGUAAAGCUAAUGGUACAAUGUUGAAGAUCUUCUCUGACACCAAGAGGGUCGGACAGAACAUCUCCACCAAAGCUGUUGGGUCCAACACAAGGGUGGACAUCACAGACAACUACAAGUUCAAAGAAGGGACUAAGAAGGAGAGAGAUGUCUUUAAAUAUGCCCUCACCAGAAAUGACUACAAAAAUGAGAAGGAUAAGGUUAAUGGAAAUAUAACCAAUCCAGCCCUGAAUGGAGGAAAUAUGGGUGGAGCUGGAAGCGAAGGGACUCAGAGCACCGUUCAACUGCCACCCAUAUCCAUGCGAUUUGAAGAGGUAUCCAAACCUAUUAAGGGUAAGGAUGUGAGCCUGAACCUGGUGCUGCGCAGUGUGAGCAGCACUGCCAGGUCAGUGUCCAUCAGUAUCAGCGUCCAGGCCAUGAGGUACAAUGGCUCACUGGCUGAAAACAUCCAGGCUGAGAUGAAGGACCAGACACUGCUGCCUGGGAAAGAUCUGUCCAUCCCUAUCUUGGUCCCAUACUCGGUGUAUCAUAAACCAAUGGUGGACAGUCAGAGCAUGAAGAUUUCAGCUGUGGUCACAGACAAGCAGAAGCCAAAUAAUGCAUAUCUCGCUGAAAAUGAUGUUGUGCUGUUGAAUCCUCCAAUCUCCAUCACACUUCUUAGUCCAGCGAGACUGAAUCGAAGGACAGCUGUUGAAGUGGUUUUCAUGAACCCGGUCAAUGAGACACUGAGGGAGUGUUCUCUGACUAUCUCUGGAAGUGGUCUAGUAGAUGGGGAGGAUGAGUACAAACUUCCAGAUCUGAAGCCAAGCAACAGGGUACGCAUCACUUCUUUCUUUGUUCCCCUGAAGACCGGCGAGAAGACUCUCGUGGCUAACUUCGACUGCUCCUCCUUCAGACACAUCAAGUGCGUCUGCACUGUCAAUGUCACACCAUAAAUCAUCCUUUUACUCAGACAUUUAAAAAAUAAAGCAGUUGGAGCUGGACAUUUUAUUUACUUGUGUUUACACAGCUGUUCAUAUUAUCAUAGUUAUUGUCUUAUAACUACUAUUAUACCUCCAGGUGUUUCUUGUGUGUAUUUUUGCCUUGCUUGAUUUUCAGAAACUUGAGUCAGACCCUAUAGACUCCUGUGUUAAAAUGCCCGACUAAUCUGAUUGCUGCUAAGGUGUGCCGAGGCAGGCAGUAACUGUGUGCCAGGCCGCACCUCAGCUAAUUAAAGUCACUGUCACCAUUAUCUUUGUUUUUUAUACCAUUGUUAGUCAUCUGUUCAGCUGUGACCUUCCACCACACGCUUGUGCUACUGGACAGAAAGUGCAGCACUGAUGUUUCAUAUAAAUGUCACAUUUUGUAUACGUCGUCAGCGGCACCAUGUGCACUGUUAUAGAAGCUGACACUACUGUAUAUUGUCAGCCAGUUCAGGUGCAGACUCUCGGCAGGUUCUCAUGCCAACACGAAAGAUUACAAAACACAAGAAUGCAGCUAAACCUGAUGUACAAACAGCAAAUUGAAAAGGGGACGCACACCCGCAUUCUCACUGUGUAACAAUUUUUUCAGACAUUGAGCUUUAACUAUUCUUAAAAUAUAUAUCAAUCAGUACCCUCCUUGCAACCUUGCAACUGGACCUCUUCACAGUUUAUGAGCACAGUGACAGUAAGCUUUCCCUGCUCUUGUAGUAAUUCCUCUGUACUGUACAUCAACUGCUGUUAAAGUGCCUCCCAGUGGCUGAGAAGUGAACUGCACUAUGCCAAACUGUUACAUUUGCACUGUUUUAUAGAUUUUUUUUUC